CAGCUUCCGGUGAAAAUUCGACUAGAACAGACAUUUUGGAAUCUGAGAACGUCGUCGAUUUUGUUGUCGGCUGCAGAAAGAGCCGAACUUUGAGGCCGCUCUUUCGAAAAUUGACCGACCUGAGACGGCCCUGUGAAGAGCAGUAAGUGCCCGUGCCCUGAAAACACGAAUUCGCCGCACAACUGCGAGAUAAAAGCUCCAAAAUGAGCGAUCCCUAUGGCUAUAGCCACUAUGACAAUAACACGACCUCGCUGUUAAACCCGAGCUAUCUGCAGAUGGCCAACAACGGCGGCGGUCAGAAGGACCGAAAACGCGAGCAUGAAGAAGAUUAUCCUGAAGAAACCAGAGAAGAGAGGCGCGCUCGGCGAAAGAAAUCUCGUUGGGGAGGAGGAGAAUUUGAGAAGACUUUCAUUCCUGGCAUGCCCACAAUUUUGCCGAGUAACCUGAGCAAAUCCCAGGAAAAAGCUUAUCUUUUGCAACUGCAGAUAGAGGAUGUCAGCAGGAAACUUCGCACGGGGGAUUUGGGGAUUUCAUCAAUUCCUGAAGAAAGGUCUCCUUCGCCGGAACCCAUCUACAGCAGCGACGGCAAGAGGCUCAACACCAGAGAGUACCGCACCCGUAAAAACCUGGAAGAAGAUCGCCACAGACUCAUCAACCAGCUGCAAUCGAUCAACCCCGAGUACAAGCCGCCAGUUGAUUACAAGCCGCCAGUGGUGCGUGUCAGUGACAAGGUAAUGAUCCCCCAAGAGGAACACCCUGAUAUUAACUUCGUUGGACUUCUCAUUGGUCCUCGCGGAAACACGCUGAAAUCCAUGGAAAGGGAAACUGGCGCUAAGAUCAUUAUCAGGGGCAAAGGAUCGGUGAAAGAAGGAAAGGUGGGACGCAAGGAUGGCCAGCCGCUGCCAGGGGAGGACGAACCUCUGCAUGCUUAUGUCACAGCCAACAAUCCUGAAUCGGUCAAGAAAGCUGUUGAUCAAAUUAAAGAAAUAAUCCGUCAAGGAGUUGAAGUGCCCGAGGGUCAAAAUGAUUUGCGCCGAAUGCAGUUGCGUGAACUGGCUCUUUUGAACGGCACACUUCGUGAAAAUGACGGACCAAGAUGUUCUAACUGCGGCGCCUCAACUCACAAAUCGUGGCAGUGCCCUGACAAACCCAACAUUACCAACAAUGUUAUUUGCACAUCUUGUGGUGGCGCAGGACACAUUUCCCGAGAUUGCCGUGUUAAAAUGCAGUAUGACGAGGCUGGCAAUCCGAUUGGAAUGGAAGAUAGGAAUAAAAUUGACGAAGAGUACAUGUCUCUGAUGGCUGAAUUGGGAGAAGCACCUCCACCACCAAAGAAUGGAGGAGGCAGCCGCUUUGGCCAACGUGCAACUGCAGCAUCGUUGUUUGACACUCCAACUCCCCCUCGUGCUAUUGCUGAAGCUCCUCUUGCACCUCCAGGUGUGGGAGGCAUGCCCCAGGCCUUGACUCAGCCGCCUCCGUGGAGCCAGGCCCCCAGCAACGGCAAGGGUCAGCCUCCGAGUUUGAUGUCCAUGCCGCAGAUGCCGCCGAUGAACCAGCCGCCUCCGUGGCAAUCAACUGCCGUCCCGCCCCCAAAUAUGAUGCAACCGCCCCCACCUCCGCCUCCAGGGGCCGGAGUGAUGCCUUGGCAACCACCCAGUCAUCAGCAGAUGCCACCAUGGCAACAGGGCUCAGGACCGGGCCCUGUUCCACCCCCGCCACCUCCUCCAGGACAUGGGGGCGGAGUGCCGCCUCCACCUGGAGUGUACAACUGGCAAGCAGCGUAUCCACCGCCGCCUCCACCGGGAAGUGGAGGCCCACCCGACUUUGCCGCCCUAGCUGGAAUUCUGUCCGCUCCUCCUCCGCCGCCUCCGAGCUCCUAAAUUAUGUAAUUUUUCCACUCAUAAGUUGCAGCAAGUUUAUUUGGAUUGUGUAGUCGUUGCUUUGGUUUUAUGUGGCAUUUUAUUUCACUGUGGUGCCAUUAAGUUUUCAUUUCAACACUUUCAUUUUGCUGCAGCUAUUAGCGUUUUAGCACCGGGCAGAUUAGUUUGGAUUAGCAUAUGGAAUACUGAUAGGUUGUAUGGAAAAUCUAGGCGUUAAUAGUAUCUCUAGUGCUCUUAGGAGAACCACUAUGUAAAAAUUCAAAACAAUGUAAAUCCACGGCAUUUUAUAUUAUAUUGGUGAACUCUUCAGCCUUUCUCAAUAAACAACUAACCAUUCGGAUAAUAA